UUGAGAACCGUGGACAUGGGUUAUUAGCAGGAACCCGUCGUGUCUCUAUUCAAUUUGUUGUUGUUUGGUUCGGCCCUGCAUUGAUGUACACAAGAGCCUUGUGCGUUUCCUUCUCCGCCUUACUUUUAACUAUUCCUGUAACUUACGCAGGUGGUGUGACAGUUAUAGAGGACUUGGAGAGAAUAAGGACAUCAGGGAAAGGAAGGGUGGAUGUUACUAUGGGGAGUACUUUGGACAUUUUUGGCGGCAACAAGGGAUGGAGAUUGGGUUGGUUCCUGUUACCCGGACUCAAAGCUGAG